CAGCUUCUUGGUAAAUCCCCGGAUGUGGGUUUAUGCCAAUGCCUGUAAUCAUCACGAUCAUCAUCAUCAUUUUACUUUUAACACGUGUAUCCCCGAUAUCGGGAAGAAGAAGAGCUGUCACCUCAGGAUUUCUCCCCGCUGUUGCUCACGUCCAAGGUGUACGCUCGGAUCAGUCCCGACUGAAGACAUCCGCUGACAACUUCCGGUGGCGGCUUUUUGAUGGAUGUGGCGUUGGCACCGGCAGCUCCGGCCCCUGUGGCCCCCCCUGCGCAGGUGACGCAGUUCGACGUCGCCAACAACGAGGUGUUCUACGAGGCCGCGCUCCCACUCAGUGCCGGUGUGCGGAAGGCGACCACUACCGGCAUCGGCGAGAAAGGUUUCGUGAAGCGAGCCAUCACCAUCAUCAUCCUGCUGCUGAUCGUGUCAGCGCUCAUGGCCAUGAUGGUGGUCAGCGUCGUCGUCUCCGGCUUCGAGGCAGGCACCCCGGCCGCACUUAUGGAGGAAAUGCCGCGCCAUUCGAAGAAGCCGCAAGAUCCUGUCAAAGAGGGCGACACGGUUCCCCCUGGCGGGACGCCCGGCAAACCUACGACAACAGGUUCCACCACUUUAGCGAUUUUCAGGUCUUUCCUCGACUAUUUAUUUAUUUAUUGUUAUCUUUUGUUUUAUUAUUAUCUCUUUCUUUUUGCAAAUAGCCGUUGCUAUGUUUCCUUGUUUUUCUUAUCGCUAACUGGUACGCUGAGAUGAAAAAAAGAACACGAAGAACAAGAAGGAAAAAGGAGCCCACUUUACUUUUGACAGAAUUCGAAACGAAUGCCUGUGUCACACAAGGAGGACACCAUGUUAUGUUUUUCUGAAUCGAUUAAUGGAUCUUUCACCAAACUGUCGAUUGUAUUUAAAAUUAUUUUACCACAGCCAGGUUUGCUGGGUA